AACGAAUGAGUAGUCAUAGGCGAGUACCCCGAGCAGACUUUAUGAAGACAAAAAGAAAAGUAGAAAGAAAGAAGAAGAAAUGAUACUGUGGGUUGUCGGUUUCCGUUAGAUUUUAAAGUGUAUAUUUAAUCAGUAAUAAGAGUUUUUCGUGUCAAUAAUUUCUCAAUUGAUUUAAAAUGCCUCGAACAAAAAGACGAAAAGCAUCUGAACGUAUAAUAUCUAGUAGUAAACGAAUUAAACUGGAGAAAAAGUUGCUUGAACUCAUGGAUCAACAGGAAAAAGGGCUGAUGGCGGAAUUGGAAUCACUGAGAGAACAAGAAUUAGAAGAGUUGCGCAUGAUAGAUUUCACACACCGCGCGAAGUUCCGGCCCUGUUUUUUAAAAAGAACUCUAACUGAACUAAAAAGCGGCGCCGUAUGCGAUACCAUUUCGUCCGCCUUGUUUUCCACCGUCAACUCUAGAGUGAAGAGACUUUGUAGAAGUCGAUCGGAAGUUAGGAAUCGGCCAACUUACAAAAUUAAUGAAGACGAAGGUUAUACGACGGCUGAAAGUGGUCGUGACACUUCAGGUGCACGGACACGGGGCAAUAAAGGAACCGCGAAGACGUGCAAAGUGUCUCGCUCAUUAUCCCGGAAUGCUAAAACCAACAGCUACAAGACUCCGGCUAAUACUAAAGUGCCAUCUGAUCUCCCGAGCAGCAUUACGCCCAAAGUCAAACACAAUAUUCCUCAGGUGAUUUUGCGCAGACCUAAGCAAGGUGAAAUGGCGCUGUCUUAUCAGGGCAGUCCUUUGCUGACCGGGCCCGUCACAAAAGAAGGCGCGGCAAAUGUAAAUAUUCCAUUGCCGGAUGGCAAUAUGUUGUCAUUAAUGCCCGAACAUGGUCUGCGGACGUCCCUAAUACCAGACGUGGGCACGGAUGUGAUACAGCAAUUGCAAAUUCUGCGCGACAACCUGAUCCAAGUAUGCAACAACCUUUAAAAACCACCUGGAUCUCUCAACUAUUUUAAAUAUUAUUUA